UAGUGAACUUUUGAAUAAGUAUGGCUCCUCGACGCGUAUUUACUGUUAAAGAAAAGGCGGAAAUUAUUUCAAAAAUGCAAAACGGUGCAAACAAUGCUGAUUUGUGCAAGGAAUACAAAGUUUCCCAUUCAACCAUUUCCACGAUGUGGAAAAAUCGAGAGAAAAUAUUAGAAUCUAAAUCUUUAAAAACUAAAAAAAACCGCAAAGCAACGCAUCAAGAUAUCGAAAAUGCCCUUCUAGUUUGGUUCAAAGCUCAAAGAAGCCAAAAUGUACCUUUGAACGGUCGUCUGCUGCAAGAAAAAGCGAAUCAUUUUGCCAGAUUGUUCGGAAAAACGGAUUAUGAGUGUUCAGAAAGCUGGAUCUACCGAUUUCGUCAACGUCACGACAUUGUAGUGGGCAAAGUGUGUGGAGAAGCCGCUAGUGUAUAGCGAAGUGAAUGUGAUAAUUGGUUGAAAACAGUUUUCCCAAAAUUGAUUAAAGAUUACAAUGAAAGCCAAAUAUGGAACGCUGAUGAAACAGGCUUAUUUUUUAAGUUAACUCCUGAAAAAACCUUGAAAUUUAAAGGGGAACUGUGUGUAGGUGGAAAGUUAUCAAAAGACAGAAUCACCGUGCUUGUUGCAUCAAGUAUGGCAGGAGAAAAAAGAAAAUUAUUGGUAAUAGGCAAGGCAAAAAAACCUAGGUGUUCUAAAAAUGUUAAAUCGUUGCCGGUUGAAUAUGAAGCAAACAAAAAGGCCUGGAUGACCUCAGAAAUUUUCGAAAAGGUUCUUCGCAAAUGGGACUCCGAGUUAAGAAACAGCAAAAAGAAUAUCAUUUUAUUUAUUGAUAACUGCCCGGCCCAUCCUAAAACUGAGAAUUUGACCAACAUAAAAUUAGCAUUUUUGCCCCCAAACACAACGUCAGUCAUUCAACCGAUCGAUCAAGGGACAAUUAAAACCCUUAAAAGUCAUUACCGAAAGAUAUUAGUACAGAAAAUGAUGAGUGAUUUAGAAAAUGCAACAGCCCCAUUUUCCGUUAAUGUGUUAGAUGCCAUUGAAAUGAUAACUACGGCAUGGGCUCGGGUGACUCCAGAUACGAUCAAAAAGUGCUUUCAUCACGCUGGGUUCUGUAAAUCUUCGGCUAUCUCAACAAUUGACGAUGACUCCGAUGAUGAAUUGGACAUACCAUUGGCACAGCUGACUACAAAUGUUGUGGAUUGGGAAUGUGAUUGGGAAGCAUAUGUUAAUAUUGACAGUCAACUUAUCACUGUAAAUAAUUUGUCCGACGGUGAGAUUGUUGAAUCUGUUGUCCCAUCAUCAACAACGCAAGAUGAAGAAAAUGAGGAAGACGAAGAAGAUUGUAACGAAGGUGAAAUUCCUACAACCGAGGAUGUGUUAUCGAUUAUAACAAACCUAAAAAGAUAUUGUUUAUUUGGAGAUGGAAAAAAUAUUAUUAACAUUGAGGAAGUAAUGAAAAUAGAAUACGCUUUGCAGCAUUUAUAAGUAAACCUUUACAUGAGACCAGCGUUAGUAGAUUGUAAGUAUCAAUUUUGUUAACAAAAAGCACAUGACACUAGAACGAAUGACGAUUAUGACGAACAGUCAAUUAACUAA